CAACGGUAACGUGGAAGACUAUGAGUUUUAUAGACUUGUUAGGCGGCGAGUUCGAGACGUCUAUCCGGCUGUUUCCUCUUCUGCAAGCGUCCUAGCGCUCCAGGCUGCUUGUGUCGGGGGCGUAUUCACUUACUUGCUAGAGAAGCUGCUCCAGGCCCUGUGCCCGUUUCCCCGUGGAUCCCGGGUUCCACCGGCCAGGAAAUAACUUUUCAGCCCAAAGAUCGGCGCCGCCCUUCUUCCUCGUCCGCAGCGCUCCGUAUGUCUGAGAAAUUAGGAGAAGAUUGUUUCCUCGCCCGUGUUCCUAUCGUAUAUUACGUGCUCUCGGGUUGUUUCCGAGUUACGGCGACUCUAGUAGGGCCAUGCCAUGCGACUGCUGGUACUCUGCCUAUUCUGUCUGGCGGCUGCAGCUGCCUUGGAGUUGAAGAUCAGCCGUUCUCCCGUAAUAGGACUGGUGUACAAACAGGUUGUGCUUCAUUGUAACUUUACCGUUCUUGAGAAUGUCAAAAAGGAAGAUGUGGCUGUUAAAUGGACCAUGAAAGCAGUGUCUGGAGAAGAGAGGCCAGUGUUUCAAUUUGAUGGAAACCACACCGCAAGUUACCGUCACGGGUCUUUCGUGAAGACCUCGUUACUUCCCUAUGGCAUAGCAUCGCUCACCUUGUCUAAUGUGACUUUAAUGGAUGAAGGGAUUUACACAUGCACCGUUUUAGUCACUCCACAGUAUGGAAAUGGGAAGAUCCAGCUUAAAGUCAGAGCUAAACCUACUGUCCUACUGUCACCCCAAAGUCUAUUGAAUGCAGCAGAAGGAGAGAAGACCUUUGCCUGCAAUGUCCACAACUUUUACCCUCAAACAAUUAAUAUCUCUUGGUUGGCCAGAAAACAUGGCAGCAGACAUGAGACACCGUUAUCUUCAGAUGUGUGCACCGGGGUCCCAGCCUCACAUGGCCAAGAUGGUUUGUUUGCUGUGCUGAGUCGUUUAACCCAAAUGGUGAAUGAGACUAACAAUGGCUCCCUGUACAUCUGUGAAGUCUGGCACGAGUCCCUGGAAAAACCGCUACGGAGGAAUACAACAUUGGUGGUCAGAGUGCCCACAUCCUAUCACCAGGACUCAGGAUUUAUCAUCGGGGUGGCUAUUGCUUGCAUCGUGGUGACAGGUUCAUGCAGCGUAUUUUUCACCAUCUUUUAUCAAGAGCGUCUUGCAAAAGUGGAACCUCAGGUAUCCUCGGUUAUCAAGCCAGACCUGAUUCCAAUCAAUGAAAAGAUCAGACUUAUCUGCAACAUCAGUGGAUUCAGACCUAAAAAGAUUCAGGUGAAAUGGUACUGGAAAAAACCCCACAUGAUGACGGAAUCAAUGGGACACUCCACAAGGGAAGAUGUGGCCCUCUCUGAUUCUCGGGAAGAUAUUACCAACAUGGCAGUUCAACCCUUAGAAGCCAGUGGUAGAUUUUAUAAUGUCUCCUCCUGUCUGACCUACACACCUACUAUAAGGGAUGAUGGAACAGAAUUUGAAUGCAAUAUCCAGCACAGCACCCUCAAGAACCCUGUGCGGAGGGCCACCAUUAUCCACGUUACUGCUCGCCCAGCAAGUCACUAUAUCUUCAGUUCACCUCAGCUUCCCGUUCAGGGAGAGAAGCUUAUUCUGACCUGUGUUGUGGAGAAAUUUUAUCCAAGGAACAUUGCUCUGGAUUGGUUUCGAAAUGGACAGCCAGUUGAGGAAGUGACACAGUUUGGACCUUUCUCCUGCGAAACUGGUUUUUACAGCAUUUGGAGCCAGAUUGAGUUUAUCUUGACCAAAGACAAGGAAGGAGCUAUUUAUACUUGUCAGAUCAAACACAGUAGCUUUGGAAAUGUGGAAGAACUCUCCUAUGAAAUAAAUUUGAAAGGAAUCCCUCCAGAAGUCCUCUGGAUCACUGCAGACCCUGUGGUUCCUGUGGCAGGCGAAGAGCUAAGGCUAAACUGCAGGAUCAAUAACUUCUCCCCUAACCUGAUCAAUGUGAACUGGUUCCAUAAUGGGAGCCCUCUUCAUACUGGUGUGUGUCACUCGGUCUCUAUCAUUGGUGCCAAUGGUUUGUUUUCAAUGUGGAGCCUGCUGAGAGUGAUACCAAGGCAUGGGGCAGGAAAGGCUGUGUUUACAUGCAGGGUGGAACAUGGAGCCCUGAAGGAAUAUGUAGAACGAUCAUACACUUUGCCUAUGCUGGCAAGUCCUCUUCAUUUGGACAGCUAGGCUGACAAACAAAACGCCACAGGUGACAAUUGUUUUGUUAAGACCAACUAAAAUUCUGUAAACUGUUGAAGAGUUCUGGAGAACUUGAAGGUGUGCAUAUUCUUGAGGAAUCCGAGUUGAUCCUGACCAGGGAAUGGCCUGCUUGAGGGUUUUGCAUUUUGUUAAAUUGAUAAGAUUCUUGAAUAUACAUAAUGUUGAGUUUAAAGGAAACCACCCAAAUGCCCAUUGGGAGCCUCGAUGGAGCGAUGAAUAGAAAUGUGACUUGACCUACAUUCCGAUGUUCUUUCCCCUCAGGAGGGAAGACAGUGUCCUUUGGCUUUUGGCCCAAGGCUGUCAUCUGUAAAAAUACCCCAUAGGGUGGUAAGGGGAUUAAAUUCUGCUUACAACAUGCUUUGAAGAUGUUAGUUUCUGAUUACUAGUAUUAUUGUGAAGUUGUUAUGAUGUAGCCUUUGGCUGCUCCCCACAAGCAAAUAGAGCCCUGGGACGAGGCUGGUCAGCCUGUGGAACCUUAAAUGUUAAGAAAGAUUGAAUCCCCAAGAUGGAGAUCACAACAUUCCUCUUAUUUUAUUGGCUUAUUUUUAAAAAGAGCUUGGAAAAGUCAGCUGGGAAUAUUACAGUGCUCAGAAUCCGCUAAAUAGCAUAGCCAAUUCCAUGUUGACUUUGGGAAUUCUAUUGUAGUCUUAAAAAGUAACUUUUCUUGUGUAUGUUCUGUGCUAUCAAAUACUGUAAUUGACUUAUA